AUGAGCCGCGACCGCGGCGGCAGCUCCUUCUGUCAAUGGCGGCGGCAGUCGCGGCUGUCGGCGGCGACGGCUGCUGCUGACAGCGGCCGCCGCUGCUGUCGGCGGCGUCUGCUGCUGUCGGCUGCUGCUGGCGGCGGCGGCAGCUGCUGCUGGCGGUGGCUGCUGCAGGUGGUGGAGGAGCCGAGAAGGGGCCGGGAAGGGUCUCGAAGGGCGGCGACGGGGCCGCUUGGGGCGGCGACGGGACCGCUAGGGGCGGCGACGGGGCCGCGAAGGGCGGCGACGGGGCCAAGAAGGGGUGGCGUCGGGGCCAAGAAGGGUGGCGACGGGGCCGCUAGGGGCAGCGACGGGGCUGCGAAGGGCGGCGACGGGGCCGAGAAGGGGCCGCGAGGGGCCUCGAAGGGCGGCGACGGGGCCGCUAGGGGCGGCGACGGGGCUGCGAGGGGCGGCGUUGUGGCCGCGAGGAGCGGCGACGGAGCCGCUAGGGGCGGCGAUGGGGCCGCGAAGGGCGGCGUCGGGGCCGUAACGGUCUGCGACGGGGCCGCGAGAGGCGGAAACGGAGUCGCAAGGGGCGGCGACGGGGCCGCUAGGGGCGGCGACGGGGCCGCGAAGGGUGGCGAAGGGGCCGUUAGGGGUGGCGACACGGCCGCUAGGGGUGGCGUGAGGGGCCGUGAGAGGGGCCUCUAG